CACGAGUUGUGCAGGGUGAGGGUGACUGGCAUGCACUACGAGGCACGUGUCCAGUGCGUCCGCGACUGGCACGCCGAGCGCAAAGUUUGGAUGAGUAAGGCUGAUUGUCGGGAUACGCUCAUGGCACCGUGGCAGUACCUGCAGAACCCUCCUCAGUACGUCGGGGAAGACAAGGCGUGCUUUCUUGCGAUGGUCAUAUGGUGGACAUCCGCCGAGUACGCCCGGAAGCACGAGGAGGGCAAGCAGAAGCGUUUAGAGAUGGGAGGUGGAUCACAUGUCCUGGGCAGCAAGAACUUGGCCCUUACCUUGCAGCAAGAGGAAGUGAAGACAGGCGUGACACCAAACUUGUUUGGCCUUUUCCAAAAGUCCAAGACCAGGAGGGAGCCGCAUCCUGAAACGGGGUCCGUGUGGGUCAACGGGCUAGCGGAGGCCCAGUGUGGCGCGUACCGCUCGAAGUUCAAGGCCAAGCACGGCGAAGACGCCGACCCAACCACCGAAGACUUUGACGUUGAGGUUGCGGUGCUUGCGGGACAAGGCAAGAAGGGUGGCCGCCUAUGGAUUGCUGACGGGUUAGUCGACCCAACGACCAUUCCAUCUCUACGCCAGAUCCGUCGUGGGCGUACGAGCGAGCAGCCUCGGGUAGAGACCCGCCCACGGGCUUCGGACCUAGCUGUGGAGAAGUUACGGGCGGAGAUGGAAGAAAGGGAACGGAGGCACCAAGAGGAGCAGAUGCAGAUGCAGCAGCAGCUUAGGGAGAACAUGCAGAUGCAGCAGCAGAUGUUGCAGCAGAUGCAACAACAGCAGCAGAUGUUCCAGCAGAUGUUCAUGAACCAGGCCGUGCUGACUUCCCCACCGGGGAGUAGUGGUCCUAGCACGUCGUGUCCUCCUAUGUUCCCACAUUUUAUCCCCACGCCCGAUCCGGCUGUGAUGGCGCUCCUCCAGCAAGCGCCAAGUCAGAGCCCGCUGACACCUGGCUUGACCGUCAACAAUACGGGCAUCAUCCGGAGCCUGCAGCAGUUUCUAGGAGGACAAGGAGAUGGAGGACAAGGAGGUGGAGAAGGACAAGGAAGUGGAGGACAAGGAAGUGGCGAAGGUUGACGUUGCUUGUAUGAACUUUGUUGUGUGAGCUUGGAGCAUUCUAUGUAUGAAUUUGUUGUUGGACUACUUUGUUGUUGGUGGACUUUGUUGUUGUUGGACUUUGUUGUUGGACUAUUGUAUGGACUUUGUUGGACUAUUAGCGGUUGAA